UGGCGAGCGUGUAUACACAUACAACGUGUAAAUAAUUGUAUAUAUAUACACAGUGUUAUUGUCUAUGAAAAUUAUUGAAUAAUGUAUGAAUACUUGUGAUUUAGAAUCGUUCAGGACGUAAAUGAUUCUUAUGAUAGUAGCAAGUAAUAUUUUUAUCAAAUUUUUAGUAUUGUAAAGUACAAAAAUAAUAUAAAAGCAAGGAUUUGAAAUAUGGAGCAUGAAGACAGUGAUUCUGAUCUGGAUAUUUUAAAUAAUCUUAUAUCAAAUGAUAUUGAAGAGACAGGCAUUGGAGAGAAUAAUAUUGAGCAAUCUAAAUAUCCUGAACAAUCUAAACAGCCUCAGAAAUCGAAAUCACUUGAACCAAAGAAGACUUUAACAGAAUUGCAGUUUAAUUUCUUAGAUUCUAAGCCUUGUAAUAUAGAAAUAAAUAAUGAGGAUAAAUCAGUUAAUGAUAAAAUUAUCAAUGGAUCUUAUGAUGACAAGCUUGACUCCUCGGAUGAUGAAGAUAGGCGUUAUUUUGAGGAGCAAAAAUAUUCCAAUUAUGGACGUGAAAUAAAGCAGCUGCUAAAAGAGCACUCCCCUCUGAAGAUUGAACAACCUGCAAAAUCACAACAAAAUAAUAUUUUUAAUAAUAAAAAUAAGACUUUUGAUUUUAAUAAUACCAUAAAGGAUAUCAAAAACGAUAGUAUUACAAAAGAUGUGUAUAGUGAUCCCUUCUUUGGAAUAAGAAUAAUUAGUCCUCUCAUAUCUUCUGCUGAAUUGAAAGAACGCAUGAAAGACAAGAUAGCUGUAACAAUAUCAAGAGUAAAGAAUCACAUUAUUUCUGAUAAUAUGCAUAAUGAUUGGGUGAUUGCCGGUGUAUUAAUCAAUAAAUCAGCUACAAGAACCUCGCAGAAGGGAACUUCUUACUGCAUCUGGAAAAUAAGCGAUUUGUCCGACGAUUUGAAGACUGUGUCUAUCUUUCUAUUCAGUAAUGCCUACAAACAGUUAUGGAAAACAAUCACUGGCAGUGUGAUAGGUAUCCUCAAUCCGAACGUGCUCGAAAAUAAGGAUAACAUCGAUCAAGCAAGUUUAUCGAUCGACAAUCCUCAGAAGCUGAUGGUUUUUGGUAGAUCCAAGGAUAUGGGUAAGUGCAAAUCGAUCAAAAAGAACGGCGAACCGUGCACUGCGAUUGUAAACACGAGUCGAUGCGAGUAUUGUGUCUAUCACGUUAAACAGGAAUAUAAAAAAUGUGCGCGACGAGCAGACUUACAAUCGAGCAACAAUGCAUAUGGAUUCACUGGAGAUGCAUUAAAACACAUGAAUAAGCAAACUGGUACACGAAAGCCUUAUAAUGGUUUGGCGCCGUUCGUACCAGUAUUGGCUAAACGCAAUGAGAAGCUAUACGAGAAGGACCGUGCUCGUUUGGAAUUACUAUCCGAAGCCACUUCGAGCAAUGGUAUUAAAAAAACGAAAAGUGAUUUGAAACCAGAGAUUAAUGUGGAUAUUAAGAAGAAGAAGGUAGCUGUGGAACUGACGAGCGAACAGUCGAGGAAAGAUUUCGAACGACUCAAUAAAUUGAGAGGCUGGCAACCUUCAAAGCAAGUAAUAGUACAAUCAACGCCCAAUGGACCAGUUCUGUGCUCCAGUCCAGUGCAUUCAAAAGAAAGUAAUUAUACGCCAAGCAAACCUAAAAGCAAUCAUGUAAAUAAGACGAUUAGUUUGGCCUCUUUGUCUUCAAUUCCGCGACUGGGAGCGGGAUGUAAUCAAAGUACGAUAGAUUUCUCCGAACCUAUCACCAAGCAACAAAUUCGUACCGCCAAAAUGAAUGCAAUCAAAUGGGUGCAGGAGCAUGGGAAAAUCAAAGCAAAGGAUCCCAAUCAAAUACAUCUAAGUCCAAAAGAGAAGCACAAUAAAAACGCGAAACGUCAGAGAGAGAACGAUGUGAAAGAAGAACAGAAUACAAAAAAAAUAAAUGUAAAUGACAAAUUUAAAGAGAUUCUAGAAGUCAAGUCUUCGCAUACAGAUUUGAUUGAAAAAUCCUAUGAUGAAGAAAAAGAGAAAUAUUUUGAAAAAUUAGAAGUGAAAGAAAAAAUGGAAGAAAAGAUGAUGAGCACUUUCAAAGUUAAUUGCAAAGCUGUAAGGUGUGCGAUAUGUAAGUACACAGCCUUUUCAGCAUCGGACAUGUGUAAGGAACAGAGACAUCCGUUCCGUGUGAUCGACGCUGUUAAAAGGUUCUUCAAGUGCGCCGAUUGUGGCAAUCGGACUGUCAGUCUAAAUCGUAUGCCAUCGCACAGCUGUAGCAAGUGCAGCAGCUCGAAUUGGGCCAGGGCGGCAAUGAUGGAUGAGAGGAAGACCGUUAUCGCCACAGAAACUCUGUCGAUACGCGGCUCCGAAGAAAAAUUCCUAGGUUCAAUCGUGAAAGACGCGAAUCUCAACCUUCUCGUCCCAGAUGAAGAUUAGUAAAUUCGAUUAUUGCUGAUAUUUUUGUUAGAUUAAUAUAUUGUAAGUAAUUUAUUUAGUAAAAUUAAAAAAAUGAAGACAUGAUUGGUCAAGAUGUAAACUAAUAAUAUGUCUUAUGUACACCAACGAUAAAAUGUAUAGAAUUUAAAAACUCAAGUAGUGUUGGAAUGCUAUGAUAUUGUUGCCAAGAUAUAUUAAUUCAUUAUAACUAUUAUUUUUUAAUAAUUAUUUUUUAAUAAUUAUCUAUCUAUGAUGAAAAUACAUAGAAAAUUUGAAAAUCAUGAAUUUACUAUCUGAAUCAAAUUAUCAAUUAACUUCAGCUAAAAUUGAUAGAACGACGCGAAUCUUGCGACUAAUAUACUUACUCUUAUAUAUCAUAUUUAUAUUAUAUCAUAUUUUAUAUCUUAGAAUCUACAAAUACAGAACAUUUGAUAUCCUUUUGUUUAUUGUCAGUAUUAUCAAUUUUCUUUUCUUUUUUUUUCACUUUAUGAAAAAUGUACAAAUAUAAAGAAAUUCUAAAAGUGUAUCUCUUGCACAUUUCCGAAAUGAAAUACAUCGAAUUCUCUCCGUCCGAAAUGUACACAGCGAGCAGAAACGUUUUGAUAUACAACCAGGUACAACAAUCGUAUAAAAAACAUUAUCAUCUCGAUUACUUGCUUCAUUAAAUUACGUUUGAGAAUUAUA